AUGCAGCUCCAGACGCUCGCGUACGCCAUCUCUGGCGCGUUCACGCUCCUCUCGAUCGUCCUGUCCGGCUGGCUCAUCUGGACGCAGCUUCUGUACAACCCCUCGGCGCGCAUUCGCAAGCACGUGAUCCGGAUCUUGCUCAUGGUCCCGAUUUACGCGCUCACAUCGUACAUGGCGCUCGUGUUUAACGACUCGAAGCUCUUAUUUGAGACCGUGCGGGACCUCUACGAAGCGUUUGCGCUCUAUUCGUUCCACUGCUUUUUGGUGGAAUACCUCGGCGGCCAAUCAGUGCUCGCGAGCACGAUGCGGUCGAAACCGCCGAUGACGCACGUGUUCCCUUUUUGUUGUGUCCGGCCGUGGUCCAUGGGCGGCAAGUUUCUGCACCAGACGACUAUCGGGAUAUUGCAAUAUAUUCCGAUCAAACUCUUAAUGAGCAUCGUGAUGCUCGUUACGAGUCUCGCAGGCGUCUACGGCGAGGGCGAACUGAUGAACCCAUUUGUGAGCUAUGGCUACGUGUGUCUCAUCCUGAGUCUCUCCCAGACAUGGGCACUCUAUUGUCUGCUGAUUUUCUUCCACGGCGCCCACGAUGAACUGCAGCCGAUGAGACCGUGGCCCAAGUUCCUGGCCAUUAAAGCCAUUAUCUUUUUCACCUACUGGCAGUCAGUGAUGAUUAGCAUGUUGGUGAGUGUGGGCGUGAUCUCGGAAAAGUGGCACAUUGGGUGUCCCGACUGUUGGGACGCACAGAAAAUUGCCUCGGCAUUGAAUGAUUUUGUCAUUUGUGUCGAAAUGCUCGGCUUUGCAGUGGCUCACCAUUACGCUUUUGCAAUUGAAGACUUUUUGUUACCGUCGGGGACAUCGGGCGUCAGUGUCCCGUCUUCGAAUGUUAAAGCUCCGCUGCUGGCCAACUUUAUGGACGCGAUCAAUGUCACGGACGUGUCAACGGACUUGAAGAACUCACGGAAUGAAAUUUUGACCAAGAAACAGGCGCUUGCGGCGAAGUUUGAGCGCUGUACGUUUUCACCUCGUGGUGGGAUGUUUUGA